AUGAUCAAAUCGAAAAGUCUGCAAUUCUACGCGAGUGGCUCUCAAUCACCACCGAAACGUAUCUGUUGUUCGGGAAGUGUUGAUGAGAUUAAGGAUUUGAUCCAUACAACCCGCAGCUCCCACUGGGAACCACCAUGGGCUUCAUGGAGGUGUCGACUCGGCCUACCGUAUGGAUGGGAACAGGCAAAGGAUAACGAUGGGAACACUUAUUAUAUUGACCACCUAAACCGUACCACCACUUACACGGACCCGAGGAAGACACGCCCACCGGAUGGGAAGAGAAGUGUUAGUAUCCGACGGGGGAAGGAUAUUGGAUUCGGAUUUGUGGCUGCCGGACAACUGCCCACUAUUAUUCAGUUUGUGUCGCCGGAAGGACCCUCCGACGGUCUCCUGUUUGCCAAUGACCAAAUCCUGGAAGUGAACGGAGCGGACAUGCAAAACGAGUCGAAAGACAAUGUGGUGAAUGCAGUCAGAGCAACAAAAGAAGAACUCCAGAUUACUGUACAACAACUGCCACAACGACCAAAAAGUUCAAGAAAGAAUUGCAAAGUUCGGUUUACGGAUCGGGUGCUAGUCUCGUCGAAUAAUGAUAAUAACUCUGACUUCCCACCACAACUGCCAAACGUGUUGCGUGUCUACCUGGAAAACGGACAGACUCGAUCAUUCAAAUAUGACACAUUGACGACGGUUAAAAAUAUAUUGGAAAGUAUACUCGAAAAACUACAAAUCACCGCCAAAUCUCACUUCUCGUUGGCUGUCGAGUACUCGUUGGGCGCGAGAACGAGCAGAAUUAGUCUGCUUAGGCCGGACUGCAAAAUUAAAUCGAUCGUCGACCUGCCCAACUCGGAACACCUGCGUUGCGUCUUCCGUCUAUCGUUCGCCCCGUCCGACGCUUUUGUGCUCCUUCUGAAUGAUCCAAAAGCUUUAGAAUACUAUUAUCAACAAUGUGUGAACGAUGUGGUCCGCGGGCGGUUCGCCAUGGAAAUGAGAUAUGAGGCCUGUAUCAGGCUGGCAGCACUACAUGUACAACAGGUCGCGUAUGAUUGCAAUAUUUUGAAGGAGAAUAACAAAGUGUCGGUGCAUCGAGUCGAACGCGAAUACGGACUGGGCACAUUCCUCCCUGCCAUUGUUCUGGAGAAUGUGAAACGUCGUGACGUCCGGAAACAUAUUAGAUUCUAUUUGAAACGAGACAGCUCUCGAUUAGUGGAUUGUCUAGGGAAGCCGAGUAUUAGCAAUGGAUACCCGCCAGAGUUGGAGGCUUGCACCUCCCAAUUCGCCAACGAGCCAAGUAUGAUGGUUCGUCUCAAGUACAUCCAUAUCGUCUCCCAUCUCCCAUCUUUUGGCGGUCGCUCGUUUUGUGUCACUUUCAAAGAGUCUCAAAUCGAUAUGCUGAUGCAAGUGGAGCCACGUACCGGGUUACUUGUCAGACAUCCCGGGAAAUCCGGCCAGCCGUCGAUUUCUAUCGGAUUCGAUUUAAUUGGAAAAUUGGUGGUUUGCCAGGAGACAGAGGUGGCGUCAAUGAUUAGUAUACGGUUGGCAAGUAAUCCGCAUCAAGGAUUGGAGUUUUUGGUGGAUAAGGAUGAUUUGGAUGACUUGGUCAUGUAUAUUAUUGGGUAUCAUAAGGUAACGUACGAAAAAGACCUCGAAUGCGAAAUCGACGACUCCCCACCAAAAGCCCGGGAACUUCCCGACAAAGCGCCGCCCUACUCGGCCAUCCAUACCGUAAUCAAAUCCGACUGGAAUUAUAGCGAAAGCUCGACACAAAUCGAGAACGCCUUCGAUCCGACGGAUGGUCCGCCGAGUUAUGAGAUUGCGAAUUCGUUUGUGCAGAUUGCAUUUGAAAAUGGGAAUGAGAAUGAGGAGGAUAAUUAUGUUGGUAGUAAUCCGGACGGUCUGGGGCACAUGGAUAAGAAAUUUGAGCCCAAGAAGUUGCUCCGUGCCACCGACUCCCUACUUAUCAAAAAUUCGCGGGAACUCCACGCCAAAGAAAUUCAAAAAUCAGAAAACGAUGAGUCCUCUGACACUGAAGAUUCCUCGUUCUCCUCGCCACUCCGUUCCCCGAAUAUCGAUCGAUUAUGCGAUGGAAUUGAUCUACUUGUCACAGGUCCCCCUAAUAGAAGGGCAUCCAUCGAAACGCUACUGCAAAAUAAUCAGAAUCCGAAUACCAACUUGGAGAGCUUGAUUCUACAGUUUCCGGCGAUUCCGGAUGACGAGGAAGGGGCGGAGGAUACUGUAGGUGGUGGCGGUGGGAUGCAGACGUCGACGACUACGGUAGUGACGAAUGGGAAGACGAGGUGCUAUAGGAAUGGGUCAAGUGUGACAAAGUGUCCCAAGAAUAACAAGCAACUAAUCUCGACUCCAGUCUCCGGUGACUCUCUACUCGGUGAUAGCUCUUCGAUUGCAGCAAUAGAUGAUGAUGUGCCGCUUCUUUGA